UUCCCAUUUUGUCACAUGGUCUCCUUUCCCUACACGCCACCCACCUUCCCCUCCCUCCUCUGUAACUUUCUCCAAUUCCCAAAUCUUCCUCCCCCCACUAGGGUUAGGGUUUAUUUACUCCCUCCCGAUCUCGACUUUCUUUUUUUUUGCUAAAGCGAGUUACCGUAAUCGAUGCCGGAAAUCGACCUCACGAGAGUCGAUCAAUGCGUCGCUGAUGCGAAAUUGGCUGACGGUUGUGAUCCUUCUCCGCCAAUUGAAGCUCCAGGUUCGACAGCUGCGGAUUCGAAUUGCUUGAAGAAGAAGAAGAGCUGCGGUGGUAGGCGCGGACGUCCGCCGAGAACACUGGGGAAAGCUUCUCCGAAGAGGAGAGAAGACGAAGAUGUUUGCUUCGUCUGCUUCGAUGGAGGUAGUCUUGUUCUCUGCGAUCGUAGAGGAUGCCCAAAGGUGUACCACCCAGCCUGUGUUAAGCGUACCGAAGCAUUCUUCAGAUCAAGAUCAAAAUGGAACUGUGGUUGGCACAUAUGUACGGCUUGUCAGAAGGAUUCUUUCUACAUGUGCUAUACUUGUCCAUAUUCUGUGUGCAAGAGAUGCGUUAGAAGCUCCGAGUAUGUACUUUUACGGGACAACAAAGGGUUCUGCGGAAUCUGCAUGAAGACUAUAAUGCUUAUUGAGAAUGCACCUGAAGCUAACAAAGAAAAGGUUGAGGUCGAUUUUGAUGAUCAAGGCAGCUGGGAGUAUCUGUUUAAGAUUUACUGGGUCUCUCUUAAAGAAAAGCUAUCUUUGUCAUUAGAUGAUCUUACCAAAGCAAAAAACCCAUGGAAACCGUCUAAGAGAAGAACUACUGGUCAGCUUCAUGAAAAGAAUGAUGGUAAUUCUCCUGGGGUUAUCAAGUUAAGUCCUGCUAAGCUAAGGAAAAUGGAAGCGAGUAAAUUGAAUCCGGACAGUUGUGUGGGUGGUGAUAGACUUGCACCAUUGACUGGUGGUGCUGCUGCUGCUUGGGCUACAGAUGAGCUCUUGGACUUUGUUAGGUUUAUGAAAAACGGUGAUGUCUCCGUCUUGUCAAAGUGUGAUGUCCAAACUCUCGUGCUAGAGUAUGUGCGUCGGAAUAAUACACAAAACGCUUCUCAGGAUUCGGAUAUAGUGUGUGACCCUAGGCUUAUGAGAUUGUUUGGAAAGGAGCGAGUGGAUCACUUGGAAAUGUUAAAGAUUCUUGAUUCUCACUUCCUGGAUCAAGUAAGGUCUCCGGUUACAGGUACCUCAGCCGGAGGAGUCACUGAAACUAUCUCCGUCCAGGUCGAUGAUAGGUUAAAUAUAUCUGAACAACAUCAAGAAGGAGAGUCACAGAGACCUGAUAGCAGAAACCAUGCCGUCGUAAAGUCUGAAACACGUGCCGCUCUGUACAAUCAGCCAAUCGAUGAGUUGGAUUUGAAUAUGAUAUGGUUAUAUGGAGAUCCAGAUGGGAAGAUUCAUGGACCGUUUUCUUUGUUGAACCUGCGACAGUGGAGUUCGAGUGGCCACUUCCCGCCUGAGCUGAGAAUCUGGAGGUUGGGUGAGCAGCAGAGCAGCUCCAUACUUUUGACCGACGCAUUAAAUGGUCAGUUCCAUAAAACAGGAGCGUUUCAGCAUCAUUCUAUCCCGAAGCAGGAAGAGACAGCUACUGUAGCUAACGAUCAAAACAGGAGUGUUGUUGGUAUUGCGAAACUAGAGAGUAGAGUACUUGACUUUAGCCCCAACUCAGUGUCCACCGACCAGAGUGUUAUUUCUAGCAGUAACAGUGUCAUCACAAGGAGCUCCGAUGCGAGCAACAGAAGCGAAAACCUUUUUAGCCACAGCGUGCCGUUGGAUUUUACUGUUUCUAAUGAAAGGGAGGCUGUGGGUUCUGUCUCUCUCUUGAACAAAUUGAAAGUUGAAAGUCCCUUGCCUGGACAAAGCCCUAUAAGCUGUUCGCUUUCGCUGUCUACAUUCCCCGGAAACUCAAACUCAAACUGUACUCUGCCUGAACAGGAAAGAUGGAACAUUGGUCAUACAGGGGCAGAUGGGAACACAGUAAAGGAAGCUUGCAAUCAAAACGAUUCUGGCCUUAGCGGUGCGGGUGAUAAACAGGUUACGGCUAACGUUCAGUCAUGUGGGCAAAACUGGAAUGCAGCUACUCCAAGCAGUGCUUCAAACGUGUGGGAUUCGAACUCAGGUUUGGUGUCUUUCACAGACGAUCAAGAAACCGACUUCCUAGAUCUCUUUAAAUUGAACUUUGCGUCUAAUACCACCACGGAGUGGCAACCCAUUGUGACUGGACCUGACGAGUGUGGCGAGUCAGUCUCAGAUCUUUUGGCGGAAGUUGAAGCCAUGGAGUCCCAAAAGUGUCUUCCUUCUCCUACUUCAACAUACCGUGGUCCUGGAGGAGAAUCAGCCAUUAACGAUAGCUUCAGUCCUGAUGAGGGGCAUAGCCCAGCGCUUGAUGUAAGCAAAGGUGACUCCAUGAGCUCAACAAACGAUCUGCAAAUGCAUUUACGAACUAACAACCCCGUGGACUUUUAGCCGAUCAUGUAUCGGUUAGAGAGAAUCAUAAUCAGGGCACAGGUUUAGCAUAGAUCAUCUGAUGGAUGGUGGACAGUGCCCUCUUGUCUCUCUUUUUUUUUUUUGCAGGAUUAUUACAGAACAUAAAUAAGUGAGCGAAUCUUACAGGAUCAUCAGAAAGAAAAGAAAGACUGGUGCACAUGAAGAAGAUAUAUGGUCAAAUGUUUCUUCGUGAUAAUUUUGGCUGCACCGACCAUUGUUUUCAGUUAUUUAGGUUUUCCAUGCUGUCCUCCUGUCCUGUGUAUUUCUUACAUUGUUUGUGUACUUAGGGUAAGUAAAAAGAUGUUAGAUAUUGUUGUCAAUGGAUGUAAUCAAACCAUUGUUGGGGGUCAUCACAUAUUCUACGUUAUAUAUGAUGAGUGUAACGGUUAACUAAUGCU